ACAGUAUCUUCGUGACCAAAAGACAUCGAUUCUACUUUCGUGCAGUGAACAUAACCUGUUGUAUAGUAUGCACGAGAGAUUGUACUCUGAAUUUAAACAUUUAGUGCAAUGAUAGAACGGAAAAGAAUUGUCGAAGAAAUGAGUGAUUCUGAACGAGACAAAGUACCCAAAACAACAGAACCAGUGGACAAUGCCUGGUCCUUAGAAAUUCCGUCUUUUACACCCCAGGACAAUCCUCAUCGUUUAUUGAAGGAAAGUUCAUUCGCGACUUUGUUCCCCAAAUACAGGGAACAGUAUUUAAAAGAACACUGGCCAUUGGUUACGAAAGCUUUGAACAAGCAUGCAAUUACUGCAGAAUUGGAUCUCAUUGAGGGUAGCAUGACAGUGAGCACCACUAGAAGAACAUGGGAUCCUUAUAUUAUAGUUAAAGCUCGUGAUAUGAUCAAGCUUAUGUCCAGAUCUGUCCCAUUUGAGCAAGCUGUCAGAGUAUUGCAAGAUGAGAUUGGUGCAGACAUCAUAAAAAUAUCUUCCUUAGUCAGAAAUAGAGAAAAAUUUGUCAAGAGACGUCAGAGGCUCAUAGGUCCAAAAGGAUGCACUUUAAAAUCAAUUGAAUUACUAACAAACUGUUAUGUUCUUGUCCAAGGACAGACAGUGGCUACAUUAGGACCUUACAAAGGUAUGCAGCUAGUCAGACGUAUAGUGGAAGAUACCAUGAAAAAUAUCCACCCAAUUUACAAUAUCAAAGCAUUGAUGAUCAAGAGAGAAUUGGCAAAAGAUCCAAAAUUAAAGAAUGAAAAUUGGGAGAGGUUCUUGCCCAAUUUCACCAGCAAAAACAGUAAGAGGAAGCAGCCUAAGAAGAAGAAGGAGAAGAAACCGUAUACUCCAUUCCCUCCUCCUCAACAAGAGAGCAAGCUAGACAAGAUGAUAGCUUCUGGAGAAUAUUUCUUGAAGGAAGAUCAAAAGAGAGCCAGGAAAAGGAAGCAACAGGAAGAGAGGCACCAGGAGGCUGAGAAGAAGAGACAGGAACGCAGGGCACAGGCCUUUAUACCUGCUGAAGAGAAGGUUGUGAAGAAAAAGGAAGAGAAGAGUGAUAUAAACUUGGAGGAAUUCAAGAAAAAAGUUACAAAGGGAUUAAAAAAACGUAGUGCACCACCAUAG